GGGCGGGCACUGGGAGCCGCCUUGGCGUAGGGCGGCCUCGGCCGGCAACGCUGUAGUAGGCCGCGGGGACUACCGGGGAGACGGCGGGGGAAGGGUCUGCGGACCGGGGCGGAGCGAGAGCGGCCUUCAGGCGGCGUCCGAGUGGACGGCGCUGGGCUGCGCGGACGCGCGGGAGGCACCGGCGGCAGUGAGCGGAGACUGGAGCAGUGGAAGAGGUGCUUGCGAGAUUGCCUCUGCAAUUGAAACCCUCCUUCCUACCCGGAUUAGACUAGCAGCUAGUUUAGAAAAUGGGGCCCACGGCACGCCUUGUUACCAUCAAGAGGAGUGGGGUGGACGGCAUCCCUUUUCCACUGAGCCUUAGCACCUGCUUGUUCGGAAGGGGAACUGAAUGUGACAUUCGUAUCCAGCUUCCUGUAGUGUCAAAACAACAUUGCAAAAUUGAAAUCAAUAAGCAGGAGGCAAUACUGUAUAAUUUCAGUUCCACAAAUCCAACACAAGUAAAUGGGUCUGCUAUUGAUGAACCUGUACCACUAAGACAUGGGGAUAUAAUAACUAUUAUUGAUAGGUCUUUCAGGUAUGAAAAUGAAAGUCAUCAGAAAAGAAGCAAAUCACCUGAAUUUCCAGCAAAACUAGGUGAACAGAAAUCUACACGGCGUUCCUCAAGAGCAAGCUUCUCUGCUGACUUUGAUGGGAAAGAUCAAGAUUCCAAGGCCCAUUCAAACAUCACUGAAGGAAAUGCUUCAGGAAGGUCUGGAGUACAUGUCAAGGAACUCAAACGGAACAGUCUUACUUCAGAUGGCUCAAAGGACAGUGCUGGCCAGGAACCACUUAAGGCUCCUUCUUCAGAAUGUCCAAGACAUAGUAACAGGAAUGCAAGAAAUCCCACCACUGAGGAUUUUAAGGAAAAGUCCAGGGUAACUAUAGUGGGCUGCUACGGAGAACUGAAUUCUUUUCCUACUACACAGUUUCUUGACAAUGGCAAGAAAAAUGAGUCUCCCUUUAAGAAUCUCUAUCAGUCAAUAAAGGAAGAGUUUGGUGUAAAAUCACAAAGACAAAAUGUUGUGCAGUAUCGUAGAAAAUCAGAAUCACCAACUGCUUACACAGCAGAAAAGGAUGGCGCUAAUUGUUCACAGAAAGAGACUCAGCUAUUGAUGUCAUGUAAAUCAAGACCAAAGUCCAAUAGAAGCACCCACAUUAAUGGUGCUUCUUCACCUGUACCAGAAAUGAGCCAGGCUGAGGAAAACAAAAAUGAUGCAGAGCUUAUUCAGACUUCCAAAGAAGUUUUAAGUUCGAGCAUUUCUCUCUUUGAGGUGACAGUAAAGACCCCUGUGCAGCAUUCACAACAACAAAGAUCAUCACGGAAACGUAAGAGUGAAGACCUGCAUGUUACUGACAGAGAAGAAUCUGUGAAUCUGGAUAAGAAUGAGGAUGUGUCUUUGAAGAGAAGGCGUGUGUCCUUUGGUGGUCAUCUAAGACCUGAAUUAUUUGAUGAAAACUUGCCUCCUAAUACACCUCUCAAAAGAGGAGAAACACCAGCCAAGAGGAGGUCUCUUGGAACUCAUACUCCAGCUGUCCUAAAGAAAAUCAUCAAGGAGCAGCCUCAAUCAUCAGGAAAAGAAGAAUCUUCAGAAGUGAAAGCACACAAUGUAUGCAUAGAUGCUCAAGCUCCUAAUCCUAGAAUAACUUCCACAAGGACAAAUGAUCAAAAGGGAAGGUCAGUGAAGGCCUCCACUGCCUCUAAUAAUGGGAAAUCUCCACAUGAGACAGACAUGCCUAAGAAAGCAGGGAGGAAGAGUGGCCAUUUGGCUUCAAAGAGAGGGUCCAUCAGUCGAAGUCAGCAUGACAUUUUACAGAUGAUUUCUUCCAAAAGAAGAAGUGGUGCCUCUGAAGCCAAUCUAAUUGUUGCAAAAUCAUGGGCAGAUGUGGUAAAACUUGGUGCAAAACAAACACAAACGAAAGUUGUGAAACAUGGCCCUCAAAGGCAGAUGAACAAAAGACAAAGAAGACCUAAUACUCCAAAGAAGCCUUCGGUCAGUGUUCAUAAUCAGUUUAGUACAGGUCAUGCAAACUCUCCUUGUACCAUAAUAAUAGGGAAAGCUCAGAUUGAAAAAGUAAAUGUGCCUGCUCAGCCCUACAGAAUCCUGAACAGCUUUGUUUUCAACAAAAAAAUGGACUAUAAUGAAGAUCUCUCAGGGCUAACUGAAAUGUUUAAGACUCCAGUGAAGGAGAAGCCACAAAUGAGCACGUGUUCUGUCACAUUCUCCAAUUCAGACAAUUUCCUUGGAAAAAAGUCUAAAGUAAUUAGUUCAGGAGAAGAAUCUCUGUCCAUCCCUUCAGUGAAUUUAGGAGAAAAUGUGUACUCUAGUGCUCAGAAUGCAGCAGAAGAACCAUCUGAUAAAUGUUUUGAAAGUCCUAUGUUAAGAAGAAAGUGUAUAAAGGGAGAUGAAACGAUAGUAAAAACUCCUAAGAACUUCCAUAAAUUGACUCAUUUUAAGAUGAAAACUCCAGAUUCUAUGACAGAGCCUCUGACGACAGUAUCAAAUACAAAUAAGUUGAGAAGGUCUAUGGAGCUCAGAAAAAUGCAGAUGCUACCUGUAGAAAGUAAGAAUGAAAACAAAGAAGCAGACAUUACUGAGAACUUCAUAGGAAAAAGCCUGAGGAAGACACCACUUCGAGAAAAGGAAAAAGAGAGAGAGAUGAAGGAUAGUGAAAGAUCUUUAGAAACAUGUAAGGAAAAUGUGGAAUCAAAUGAAAAUUCUGGAAAGGUAACAACAGUGAGGCGAUCAAGAAGUGGGGGAAAGAAGUAUGAACCCACAGAUGACCUGACAGCCCUCAAGAGAACACCAGAAAGAGAACCCACGGAAUAUGUAUCAGGUACCCAAAUGAUUCUGCAAAAAACGGAUUGUGCUAAAGAAUCAACAAAUGAGGCAGGGACAACUACUAAAAUGCCCCGCAAAUCUUCACAGCCAGAACCAAUCCACUCUUCAACAAGCAGGAAGAGACAGCUAAAGACACCUCAGCGAAAAGUGGAUGUGAAAGAAGAGGUGCCUGCGCUGAGGAAGCACUCGAAAAUAUCAGAGGAAUAUACACACAUAGUAGGUGAUGAUAAAAGUAUGGAAGUGUUUAAGGAAACUCCAAAGCAGAAAUUGGACCCAGGAGUAUAUGCAACAGAAAUGAAGAGGUGGUCAAGAACGCCUAAAAAAUCCCAACCUCUGGAAGACCUAGCUGGCAUCAAAGAACUAGUCCAAACACCAGAACACUUAGAUGAGCCCGUACAUGAAUACAAACCUAAAGUGCCUUGUGGAUCUCCACAUACAAAAGCAAUGGAUACCCCAAGAAAGAAAAACACAUUGCUCAACACACUCCUGAGGAAAGUGGAUAUAAAAGAAGGGAAGGCCAUGCAUACCCCCAAAGCAACAGAAGGUGAUGACAAAGGCAUUAAAGCUUUCAAGGAAUCUGCAAAGCAAACACUAGAUCCAGCAGCAAAUACAUCUAGCAGCAAGAGAUGGCCAAGAACACCUAAGGCAAAGGCUCAGACCCUAGAAGACCUGACUGGUUUUCAAGAGCUCUUCCAAACACCAGGCCACACCAAGGACUCAAUUACUGAACGAGAGGACCAGUCAAGACCAGUGGAUACUUCAACAACCUCAAAGAGACGUUCUAAGACAAGUCUGGGGAAAAUAGAUGGGAAAGAAGAGCUCUCAAUACCUAGAAAACUAACACAGUCACCAGGCAGAGCCAUGCACACACCUUCAGUACCAAUUCAGAAGGGGAAAAACAUCAGAGAAUCUAUGCAAACUCCAAAGCAGAAACUAGAUCUGACAGAAAAUUUAACAGAACUUAAAAGACCAGCACGAACACCUAAGACAAAGGCCCAGCCUCUAGAAGAUUUGGCUGGCUUCCAAGAGCUCUUCCAAACACCAGGCCACUCCAAGAACUCAUCGACUACAGAAGAAACCCCAAGAACACUCUUCAGAUCUCCACAACCAAUGCCAUUGUGCACUGCAACAACCUCAAAGAGACAUUCUAAAAUAAGUCUAGGGAAAGUAGAUAUGAAAGAACAGCUCUCAUCACAGAAGAAAGUAACACAGUUACCAGGCAAAGCCACGCACACUCCUUUGGUACCAGUUCAGGAGAAAGGUAUCAGAACAUCUACAGAAACUCCAAAGCAGAAACUGGACCAGAGAGAAAGUUUAGCUGGAUUUGACAGAUGCCUGCAAACACCUGAGACAAAGGCCCAGCCCCUAGAAGACCUGAUUGGCUUCCAGGAGCUCUUCCAAACAUCGGGUCAUGGCAAGGACCCCAUGACUUCUGAGAAGACCACAAAAAUGCUCUGUAGAUCUCCACAAUCAGCACCAGUAGACACCCCAACUUCAAAGAGAUGUCGGAAGACAAGUCUGGGGAAAGUGGAUGUAAAACAAGAACUCUCAUUAGUGAGAGGGCUAACUCAAAUGUCAGAGCAAACCGUGUACACACUGAAAGUGAAAGUAGGUGGUGGUGACAAAAGUAUCUGCUGUGAUGCAUCUGCAGAGCAGACCCUGGACCCAUCCACAAAUGUAUCUGGCAGCAGGAGACAGCGAAGAAGAACUAAGACAGAGACUCAGCUCCUAGAAGAUCUGACUGGCUUCCAAGAGCUCUUCCAAACACCAGGUGAUGCCAAGGACCCAAUGAUUGUUGAAAUCACAAAAAUGCCCUGCGUUUCUCCACAACCAGGGCCACUUAGAACACCACCAACCUUAAACAGACGUCCCAGGACAAGUCUGGGGAUAGUGGAUAUGAAAGAAGUGCUAUCAGCCCCCAGGAAACCAACACAGUCACCAGCCAAAUCUUUGCACACACAUACAGUACCAGUUCAGGAGGAGAAGGGCAUCAAAGCAUCUGCUGAAACUCCAAAGCAGAAACUGGACCCAACUGAAAGUUUACAUGGACUCAAGAGACAGCCACAAACACCUAAGGAAAAGACCGAGGCCCUAGAGGACCUGACUGGCUUCCAAGAGCUCUUUCAAACACCUGAUCAUGCCAAAGAUCCAAUAACUCCUGAUGAAACUACAGAAAUGUCUAGUAGAUUUAUACAACCAGGAUCACUGAACACCCCAGCAACUUCAAAGAGACGUCCUAAAAUAAGUCUGGAGAAAGCAGAUAGGAAAGAGAUGUCUGCUCUGAGGAAGCUCAUGCAAACAACAGGGGAAGCCAUAUCCACAUCCAAAGUACUAGAGGGUGAUGACAAAGUGUUUAAGGAUUUUGUAGAACAGAAACUGAUACCAGUACCAACAAGCAACAAGAGGCAGCCAAAGAAACGUAAAGAGAAAGUCCCACCCUUGGAAGACCUAGUUGGCUUCCAGGAGCUCUUCCAAACACCAGGCCAUGCCAAAGACCGAAUAAUUACUGAUGAAACUACAAAAAUGCCCUGCGUAUCUCUGCAAACAGAAUCAGUGAACACUCCAACAAGAGUAGUGAGAUGGUCUACAACAAGUCUAGGGGAAAAAAAUGUGAAAGAACACUUAGCAGUGAACAGUUUAACACAAAUACCUGGGAAAAUUGCAUACACACAUGAAGAUCCCACAGAUGAUAAAGGUAAUGAAGUGUUUAAUAAAUCUACAAAGCAGAAACCCAACUCAGGAGAAAGUGUUACUGGCAGCAAGAGACUAAGAGGAGAAUCUAAGAAAAACUCUCAACCCCUAGAAGACCUGACUGGCUUCAAAGAGCUCUUCCAAACACCAGGUCACACUGAGGAAUCAGUGAGUGAUGAACAAAUUACAAAUAUGCCUUGCAGAUCACAACCAGAAUCAGUGAACACUCCCAGAAGGAAAAAAACAUUACCCAGCACACCCAGAGGGAAAGGGGAUACAAAAGAAGAACAAGUCAUACGUACACCAAAAGCAAUAGAAAGUGAUGACAAAAGCAUUAAAGCUUUUAAGGAAUCUGCAAAGCACACACUGGACCUAGCAGCAAAUAUAUCUGUUAGCAGGAGAUGGCCAAGAAUACCUAAGAUAAAGACCCAUGUUCUGGAAGACCUGACUGGCUUUCAAGAGCUCUUCCAAACACCAGACCAUGCCAAAGACCCAAUGACAACUGAUGAGACUGCAAAAAUGCCCUGCUCAUCUCUGCAAGCAGGACCACUGUACACUCCAACCUCAAAGAGAUGUUCUAAGAGAAGUCUGGGGAAAAUAGAUGGGAAAGAAGAGCUGUCAUCACUCAGGAGACAAAUGGAGUCACCAGGCAGAGCCAUGUACACGCCUUCAGUACCAGCUCAGGAGCAGGAAGGCAUCAGAGCAUCUACAGAAACUCCAAAGCAGAAACUGGAGCUGACAGAAAAUUUAACUGCACUUAGGAGACAGUCACAAACACGUAAGGCAGAGGCCCAGUUUCUGGAAGAUCUGUCUGGUUUCCAAGAGCUUUUUCAAACACCAGACCAUGCCAAAAACCCAAUGAAAACUGAAGAAAGUACAAAAAUGCCCUGCACAUCUCUGCAAGCAGGACCACUGUACACUCCAACCUCAAAGAGAUGUUCUAAGAGAAGUCUGGGGAAAAUAGAUGGGAAAGAAGAGCUGUCAUCACUCAGGAGACAAAUGGAGUCACCAGGUAGAGCCAUGUACACGCCUUCAGUACCAGCUCAGGAGCAGGAAGGCAUCAGAAUAUCUACAGAAACUCCAAAGCAGAAUCUGGACUUGAUAGAAAAUUUAACUACACUUAGGAGAGAGUCACGAACACCUAAGGCAAAGGCCCAGCCUCUAGAAGAUCUAUCUGGUUUCCAAGAGCUCUUUCAAACACCAAGCCAUACCAAGGACCCAGCGAUUGCAGACAAAACCCCCCAAACACUCUGCAGUUCUCAGUCAACACCAGUGGAUACUCGGACAACCUCAAAGCGAUGUCCUAAGACAAGUAUAGGAAAAAUGGAUGUGAAAGAGCUUUCAUUCGUGAGAAAAAAAACAUUGAGGGAAACUGUGCACACACACAAAGAAGCCAUAGAUGAUAAAGAUAAUGAAGUGUUUAAGGAAUCUGCCAAGCGAAAACUGGACCGAGCAGAAAAUGGACCUGGCACCAAGAGGCUGCAGCGAGCACCCAAGGAAAAGGACCAAGCCCUAGAAGACCUGGGUGGCUUCCAAGAGUUCUUCCAAAUGCCAGGACACUCUGAAGAAUCUGUUAGUGAUGAAAAGGCCACAAUAACACCCUACAUAUCUCCACAAUCUGAACCGGUCAGAACCCAAGCAAACACAAAGAGAGGCCCCAGGACAAGAGUCAGAAAAGUGAACGUGAAGGAAGAUUCCUCAGCAAUGCAAAAGCCAACCCGAAUGUCAAGGGCCACUAUUCACACCUCUAAAGUACCAGAAUGUGGUGACAAAGGCAUUGAACCUUUGAAGAAACUUGAAAAGAAAACACUGGACCUUGCUGCAGGUGUAAGUGGCAACAGGAGAUGGCCAAGAGCAGCUAAGGCAAAAGCUCAGCCCUUACAAGACCAGGCUGGCUCUAGAGAACUAAGCCAAACAUUAAGCCACACUGAGGAAUUAGUGAGGGAUGAAAAAACCACAAAAAUGCCCUGCAGGUCCUCACAACAGGAACCAGGGGACACUUUAACAACCUCAAGGAGAGGACCCAGGACAAGAUUUGGGAAAGUAGACAUGACAGAAGAGCUCUCAACACAGAGAAAGCAAACAGGAACAACAGGAGAGACCGUGAACACACACAAAGAACCUACAGAUGAUAGUAAAAGUAUCAAAGAGUUUAAGGAAUCAACCAAGCGAAAACUGGAACCAGAAGAAGAUGUAACUGCCACCAAGAGGCUGCGAGGGACACAUAAGGAAAAGACCCAACUGCUGGAAGAUCUGGCCGGCCUCAAAGAACUAAUCCCCAAACCAGCUUACACUGAGGAAUCAUUGAGGGGUAAAAAAACUACAAAAAUGCCCUGCAAAUCUUCACAACCAGAACCAGUGGACGCUCCAACAAGCACGAAGAGGCAACUCAGGGCAAGACUUGGGAAUGUCAAUGUAAAAGAAGGACUCUUGGUUGUGAGGAAGCCAACACGAACCUCAAGGGCCAUCACCCACACCUCCAAAGUGCCAGAAGGUGAAGACAAAGACAUCAAAGCUUUUAAGGAAUCUUCAGAACAGGCACUGGACCCAGCCACUAGUGUAACAAGCAACAGGAGGUACCCAAGAGCAUCUAAGGCAAAGUCUCAAGUGGAAGACCUACCUAGCCCUAAAGAAAUAAGCCAAAUCCCAGACCAUACUGAAGAACAGAUAAAUGAUGUUCAUAACCUGAAGAGCAGUCUACAGCAAACACCUGACAGUAUAAAACCUCUGAAAACAUUUAGAAGGGUUCUUAGGGUCCCCAAAGAAAAAUCCAUAGAUUUGGUGGACACCAAAGACCCUGCAGCAUCACAGAGCAAAAGUAACAUAUCACUGGCCCCCAAGUGGAAAUCUGGACAAGACAGAAAUAUCUCAAGAACCAGGGGCUGCGUGACUACACUACGGGACACAAUAGGAGAGAAUCUGGUUCACAAUAAGCAGAGGACUACUCCCAGGGAGAGAUACAAAUCCCGUGAUCCCUUGAACAUAAUGAAGAAACGUGUGAGAGUUGUUAUGAACAGAAUUGAAUCUGUAGAAGAACAGAACAAUAAUAUGAAAUCUAUCAAAAAAGAACACACGGUACAAGACUCAAGCACUCCAAAUAAGGGAAUGUCUUUGCGCUCCAGACACCAAAAUAAAACUGAUGUAAACCAGCAAAAACUUGAAAUUCCUAUAUCAGAAAAAGCCAAACUAAAGAGACAUGAAAAGAAGUCCAUGAAGACAUCUGAAGAAUCAGAGCAACAGAUCCCAGGUGAUGGAGCUGGGAAACCUACAUCUAAGGGCAAAGUUGGUGGAAACAGGAUAUGCUUGAGACCUGGAAGACAAAAUAAGAGCUCCCAGCCUCAUACAGCAGAGGAGGAUGUAAAGGAGAAAAACAUGGAAAUCUUUGUGAAGAAUGGGAAAGAAAAUGAAGUAACCAAUAAUUCAGACACUGUAAGUUUGAGAUCCAGAAGGGCUAGAAUUCAGCCAAAAGGAAACACUUUGGAGAGUGACUCUGAGCAAAGAAUAACUCGAGGUGCCAAGAAAUGUGCAGAAAAUCCAAAGAAGGAUAAGGACAUCAAGGACACCAAGAAAAUCAGAACCAGAAGUCAUCGGAACAUUGAAGAUAUUUAGCAAAUAAAUUUAAGGGAGAAAAAGGGCUAGGGAUUUAGCUCAGUGAUUCCACAGCCUGCCUUGCAAUCGCAAGGUCCUGAGUUUGAUCCCCAGUACCAAAAAAAAAAAUUUAAGGGAGAAAAAUAUAUAAUAUUUUAGCUGUAAGUUCUAGUUUAAUUUUCACCAUUAAUGUAAAAGUGAACUCUGUAAAUAAUUGUAUCGGUGUAUUUAAGGGAAGAAAACCUAGAAUCUUUUAGCUUUGCAUCUUGGUGAUAACCACCAUCUUGCCCACCAGGUGAUUCUGGCUGGCAUUCCAAACCCUACCCUGUAAAGUCCUGAAGACAGCUGAGCAUCUGGUGCCAGGCACUGAUGCGUGGACUGUUUCUUAACUGACCUCUAAUGUGUUAAUAGUCUUUGAGAGAGCCCACAUACAUACAUUUGUCUAGCGUAGCAUAUAAGCCCCUUCCUCUUAUCUCUGAAUCUAGGAAUCCUGUGUUGCUACUUGCCGAGACAGGCUUCUGUCCCUUCUGUCCAUUAAGUUCUUAAUAAAUUGCAUUCUUUGUUAAAAAAUAAAAGAAUUGUCUAGCUCUGA